GACAUAAUUAUAAUCUAUAAAUAUGUCAAAUGUGGUUAAAUCGUGGUAAAAUCGUGUGAGCAUAGGUACUUGAUCCUAUUGAUUUGUAGUUUGUAUAAGUUGAAGAGAUACGGUAUUAUUAAUUUGAUUACUAAUCAUGCUAACUAUUUUUAUAAGUUAAAUUUUUGCUCAAACUACGCUAAAACUUAGGUUACUAGUAUUAGUUUACUAUUUUAAAAAUUUUAAGUGAUUAUUUUUAUGUUAUAAUAUUGUAUUAUUUAAAACGUAAACAAAUAAAGCUAAUUAUAAUGGAUAAUAUGGAAAAUUUACAUAAAGAAUUAUUUUGUGUCUUAUUUCCUGGAAACGUUAAAAAUGACGAUAAAGCUAUACAAUGUUUGGGCGGUGUAAGGGCUAUAUCACAGGUAUAUAUGCAGGCCAAUAAAAAAAGAUUAGGACUAAGUUUCCAGCCAGAUAAUCCUUUUAUGAAAAAAAUAUAUGCGGAUGCAAAGCCAACUAGCGGAGUCCUAUUGAAGCUCAAAGUAAAAAAAACAAAAUCAGGCGAUGAAGUUAAAAGAGAAAUUUUAUCCACAUCAGUUGUAGGAUCUGUUAAAAGAAUAAAUAAAUUUGAAUCUAUGUCAGAUUUCCAGUAUUUACCUAUAAGUGCAUCUUCGUCAGAAUCGGAUGAUACCAAAUGUGUUUUAGAAGAAAUAAUCCCUUCUGGCGUUGAUAGUAUAGAAACUUUAUUGCAACCAGCACCGUCAUUUGUAACACCAUUCAAUUUUACAAGGUCUGAUAAACCCAUAGCUUACUGUUACACAGAUAAGAGGUACAGUACAAAGGAAUAUGUUAAAGAAGAAUAUGAUAGUGUUAUCAAUGAUGACAUUCAUAAAUCGAGAAGUGAAAGAGGUAUACCAAUACCUCGGUAUCUUUUCAACUUGUCGAAUGAUUUACCCAUAGAGCCAAAUGAGUAUUACUUGAAACAGAAGAAAAAUAGACUCGCAAUAUAUCCACAGUUAGAAAAUGAAUUCAAAACGGUUGCAAAGCUGUUUGAAGAAAGGCCAAUAUGGUCGCUAAAUCUUCUCAAAUUCCAUACAAAAAUAAGGAUGUCAUCAUUGAGAAUUAUUUUACCCUGUCUCGCUAUUUAUAUGCGAGAGGGACCCUGGAGAAUGAUGUGGGUUAAAUAUGGCUAUGACCCUAGGAAGGAUCCUGAAGCGAGGAUUUAUCAAACUUUAGAUUUUAGAAUGAGACAUGCAGCUGGGGUGCAUACUAUGGUAAUGACUCGUGACCAAGUUGUACACUGUAAGAAGACGGAUCGUAUUCGUAGCUUUAAGAAAACACCAUUAGAUGAAUUAUCACCGGAAGACAUAGUUUUAGAGGGAGCAGUUUGCUUUAGACCAGGGAUGGUCCCAUCUCAGCGUCAGAUUUACUAUCAGUACCACGACGUGCAAAUACCUGAAGUACAGGAGCUGAUAUCUCGGCCACCGGCUCCCGGAGCACGCUGUCAUGAAAAACGCGGUUGGCUACCACCCGACAUAGACAACGUGUGCCGCGACCACAUCUUCCGCUACGUCAAACAGACACUACUCGCUACUCACAAAGCUGACCUUAAAUUUGAGGACGCUAGCAGCGGAGAUGAUUCGGGAUCAGACGGAGACGACGCUAACAAAUCGGUCGCGGAUCUAGAUGAAUCGUCAGCAAGUGGCAAAAUGGAUGAAAUGGAUGACUUAAAUAAUUAAUAUACUGUGAUAUAAUA